UGUAAGGAGUUAACAAGAAAGUGCAAUUCUGCAACUGUAUGUAUCAAAGUCAAGUCCUCUGUUUUCCUCUUCCAAACCCAUAUUUUUCUCUCCUUUAUCUCUCAAAAUCGAAAAAGAAAAAACAAAACAAAAACAAAAUUCCACUGCUAAAUGGAACUUCCUUAUAACAAGAGAAUUAAACAUGGAUUUUCACAAAUUCACAACAGAGAACUUGGUUUAUUCAAACCCAGAAACUUCUCCAAAACAUUCUCUGCUUCUGAGGAAAUUGUGAAGCAAAUAAAUCUUUAUGGGAAGCUGAUGGGUCAUGAGGGUUGUGUAAAUUCAGUAGAGUUUAACUCUACUGGUGAUGUUCUUGUGUCAGGUUCUGAUGAUAAAAAUGUUAUGUUUUGGGAUUGGAUUAGUGGAACAACAACUGUUUCAUAUCCUUCUGGUCACUUUGAUAACAUAUUUCAGACCAAGAUCAUGCCUUUAACUGAUGAUCGUACAAUAGUUACUUCUUCAGCUGAUGGUCAGGUGAGAGUUGGCCAGGUGCUGGAGGAUGGCAGAGUUGAUACGAAAAAGUUGGGGAAGCACCAAGGGCGUGUUUACAAGCUUGCUGUGGAGCCAGGAAGUCCCCACAUAUUUUAUAGUUGCGGUGAAGAUGGUUUUGUGCAACAUUUUGAUCUGCGUAUGCGCAGCUCGUCUUCUACCAAGCUUGUCUGCUGUUCUUCAUUCACAGAAAAUAACAGCAGACGAUCUUUUAAUUGUAUAAGUUUGAAUUCCAUCGUAAUUGACCCAAGGAAUCCGCAUUACUUUGCUGUUGGAGGUUCUGAUGAAUAUGCACGUGUUUACGACUUAAGAAAAUGCGGAUGGGACGCGUCAAAUAGUUUGGAUGCACCCUUCAACAUAUUCUGCCCUCGUCACUUGAUCGGGGGUAAAAAUGUGCACAUCACGGGAUUGGCAUACUCUAACACAAGCGAACUGCUUGUCUCUUACAAUGAUGAACUUAUUUAUUUAUUUCAGAAAAGCAUGGGAAUUGGCCCCGACCCGUUGUCUGUGCCAUCCAAAGAUCUGCAAAAACCUGAAGAGCCGCAAGUUUACACAGGUCAUAGAAAUUCAAAGACAGUUAAAGGAGUGAGUUUCUUUGGACCUAAUGAUGAAUAUGUAUCGAGUGGAUCAGAUUGCGGAAAUAUAUUUAUUUGGAAAAAGAAAGAUGGUAAGCUAGUGCGUCUGAUGUCUGGCGAUAGAUAUGUUGUAAAUCAAAUCGAUCCCCAUCCACAUAUGCCUAUGUUCGCUACAUGUGGAUUAGAAAAAAAUGUGAAACUUUGGGUUCCCAUGGCAAGUGAGCAUUCUCCAAUUCCUGACAACGUGGAACGGAUUAUGGAAUCAAAUCGGCAGGGGAGAGAGGACAAUUCGCGGGUGAAUCUUACCCCAGAUGUGAUCAUGCACGUUCUGCGCCUGCAAAGGCGGCAAGCAUUAGCAUAUGUAGAAAGGAGAUAUAAUAGAGGUGAUGUUGAGAGUGAUGACGAAGAAGCAGAGGCAUAUGCUUUUGGAUUUUCAACCGGCGAUGCUUCUUCCGAAGCGGGUUCAGACGAAAAUUCCGGAGAGUGUAAUAUUAGCUAGAGUUUGUAAGUUAGACGCGUACGAAUUUCCUAUUCCAUGUUUCUCAUGGAACUUCUUGCCCUGAAAGUCCUUGCUUUUUGUACAGUUUUGUAUCAAUAAUAAUAUGUUUACUUCAA